GAGGAGCACACAGUGACAAGUACUGAGGUUCAUGUUCGCCGUCCACGCUGACAAAGACUGACUUCAGAGCUGAUAAUACUGGCCUGAACUGUGAGAACAGCUGCUUGUUUCCAGCACUUAAACUUCUGUGCAUCACUGUAUUGAGUGUAUAUUCAAUAGUCAGCACUUUGAUCCUUGUGUUUGGCUGCUGGACAGCAACUGUGAGUCACAGCUGAGAUGAUCCUGCAAAGGAAGAAGUCACAAUGGAGGCCUGGCCUGCUCCUGUGCUGGUUCCUGCUCUGGAUGUCUCUGCAGCCACACUCUCCCCACCUGGCAUCAGCCGUCAACCUGCGGCGCUUCAUUGGCUGCGCCGUGCGGGAGUUCACCUUCCUGGCCAGGAAGCCUGGCUGCGGGGGGCUGCACAUCACCACGGACGCCUGCUGGGGGCGCUGUGAGACCUGGGAGAAGCCCGUCCUCGACCCUCCCUUCAUUGAGUCCUACCAGCGUGUUUGCACCUACAAUGAGACCCGUCUGGUGACUGUGAAACUGCCCAACUGCCUGCCAAACGUCGACGCCACGUACACCUACCCUGUGGCCCUGAGAUGUGACUGCGGCGUCUGUCUGACCAGCACCACUGAAUGUAUAACGUCUGUCUAACACAAGUCAGGACAGGCAGAAUAUAUACUUUUUAAUAUUGUGCUUUUCAUCAUAAUCUACAGUUAUGUCAUAUAUCAUUAGUUGAGUGAAAUGUUCGAGGGUAAAUCAGGUUUUUCUGCCAUGUAUGGACAAUUAAAA